AUCAUCUCAAGAAAAUCCCGCGAGAUUCGUCCAGCAUGGCCGACAUUGACAUCAUCGAGAAAGCGUCGAAUGGCGAAGUCCUCCACGAGUUUGGGGCGCUCAACACGCUGCUCUUCGUGACGAUCCUUGGCAUGUGCAUCGUGUGCGCGUACUUGAUCAAGGAGUACAAGUUCUACUACCUGCCAGAGUCCGGUGCUGCCAUGAUUGUGGGGUUGAUCGUUGGUGCUUGCGCGCGGGUGUUCUACCCCAGUCGCAAGGAAAUGGACUUUUUGAGGUUCAAUAAACUGCUCUUUUACUUCUUCCUCCUCCCGCCGAUCAUCUUCGAAGCCGGGUACUCGCUCCAUCGGAAACGCUUCUUCAACAACUUCAUGACCAUCUUGCUCUACGCAGUGGUGGGCACGAUGAUCUCGACGUUUGUCGUGGGCUUCUUGACGUUCUACGCUGGCAAGAUGGGUUGGAUCUCCAUCGAUUCGUCCAAUCCACUGGAAGCGCUCUUGUUCGGCGCGCUCAUCUCGGCCGUCGACCCCGUCGCCACCUUGUCCAUUCUGGGAAACCCCGAGCUGAACUUGGACCCUCUCUUGUACAGCCUUGUGUUUGGGGAAAGCGUGCUCAACGACGCAGUUUCGAUUGUGCUCUUCAACACGUUCCUCAAAUUUGAAGAAUCGGGCAAAGAGUUUACGUAUGGCGCGAUAUGGCUGCUCCUGAUCGAGUUUGCCAUGAUUUCUUUGGGGUCGGUCGUCGUUGGAUUUGCCACGGGACUGGGAUGCUCGCUGUUGUGCAAAAACACAAACAUGAACAAGUACCCCAAGUACGAAAUCACGAUGCUGUUUCUGUUUGCCUAUGGGUCGUAUUCGCUGGCCGAAGUGAUCAAGUUGUCUGGAAUCAUGUCGCUCUUCUUCUGCGGCAUCACCAUGGCCCACUACAACACAACCAACCUCUCCACGACGUCGCAGAUCACGUCCGAGUCGAUUUUCCAGAGCUUUGCGCUCGUGGCCGAGUUUUUCGUGUUUCUGUACAUGGGCAUGGGCAUCUGCGUAGGUCAAUUCGGCCGGUGGGACGUCAAGUUCAUGGUGCUCGCGAUUGUGUUUUGCUUGAUCGGGCGACUGUUCAACAUCUUUCCGCUCAGUUGGGUGGCCAACUGGCAGCGCAAAGAAAAGGUCACGGCGCAGAUGCAAGUUGUGCUCUGGUUUGCUGGUCUGCGCGGGGCCAUCGCGUUUGCCCUGUCCCAGGACAUGCCUGGCGCGAACCGGGAUUUGUACACGACAACGACGUUGUCGGUGGUGAUUUUCACGACGAUCGUGUGCGGCGGGUUGACGGAACCCUUGCUGAAACAAACCAAACUCAAGGUACGAAUGUUGAAAAAUGCAGGGUACUGGCGAUUACUACAUACUAGUAUGACUACUAACUAGAUUGACGACGAUGACUUGGACAACGAUGGGGACGAUGGGGACGAAGAGUACGGCCUUAUUGCCGCACACGACGCGGCGGCAUCCGACCACCCCGCCUCGCCCGACGGGACUGCCGCACCAUCGUCGUCGAUGCGGCUUCGUCAGCUGUCGGUCGAGUCCGAGAUCAGUUAUGUCGAGUCGUUUUGGGGCAAUCUCGAUGAAAAGUACAUGAAGCCCGUGUUUGGCGGCGCGCCCCGUCGACUCGUCUCCAGAAAUGUGCCCAGUGCCAGUUCGCCAGUGGCAGAUGGCGGCGCGAACCCGUCGCCCGUACAAUAGCAGCCUUCAUAUGUACUACUAAUUUAUGUAGUAUGAUGUAUAUCCAUUAUUGUUGUGGUUGAACCACCUUGCACUUGUGAUACGGGUCAAGUGCACUUUGUCUCGUGUUUGAACCACGCACUUCAACUUGGUCCCUUGGUGGAUCUGCAACUUGCCUCGAUUCGGUGGAGGACACGACGACGACGGGGCUGAUGAUGCUUUGGACACGUCGUCGUGGCAUCUACUCGUCUGCCCAGUCCCCUGUGGGUCGUCGGUCACCACUUCUGGACCGCGCAGAUGGCCCUUGUUGGCUUUCUUCUUUUUCCAUUUGGAGGGUUUCUUAGGCGAUGCGGUGGAUGCUGCUUUGGGCUGACUGUCCUCCUCUGAUGGGUCGUCCAGUGGCUCAGCGGGGGACGUCGAGACAGGCCGAGGUAGUGCCGAUGGUUUCUUCUUGGACGAAGUAAAUGCAGGGGGUCUCGUACAAGGGGAUUUGUGUUGAUGUUACCUGGGUUGCAGGUUCUUCGUGGCGACUUUGCGCUUCCUUUGCGUCAACUGUACGUCAUACAACGACCACAACCACCCGUUCAGUGGACUUGUGUCGAACAUCAGUUGGUUGUUGUGUGUCGUCAUCGUACUGCGGGCUUGCAAUGGUCGGCGAAUUCAAAAAAGAUCUAAACGGUAGCUCACGUGGUGAAUGGAUUCUCAAAAUUGCAACAACCAGGAAUGACCCUGAGCGACACGUGUACUUGUUCCUGAAAGAAUACCACGGCGUCGCGGUGGUCGCACACCUACCGGUGCACAUUGAGUGCCUUUUCCAAAGGUUGUCGUCUGCGAUUACGUUGCAAAUGUACGCCUUGCCGUCGAUGACGCGAUACGCUGACACGCGCGCAGAGAAGACAAAGUCUGCCGUAGACGCCAUAUCCUGCUUGGAAAAGUUGGCCUCUUGCGGUCCGUUCUGGGAUAUGCGGAGGAGCACGGCACUCCACGCUUUCUUGGACGCGUCGUCGUGAACAUCUAGAUAUGCAACCCCCGACGACGUGGAGAUGCAAAUGCAGAAUGGAACAGUGUCCACUGCGAUACCAUCUUGCGUGGGCGACCCAGGGGUCGGCGUGGAAAUGUCGGCGGUAUGCACCGGAAGCAUCCACGUGCGGCUUGUCCAGCGCUCCACGACGCCAUUAUCGUUCCAACUCGUGGAUUUGGCAGGAAAGGUAGGCGGUUGGUAGGUAAGUAAGUACCUUAAAGCAGAUCAUGUGGGCAGCAAUGUCAUCGAGUUUCAAGCACGCUGUAUGCCACUUGCCCUCGGCGUCCAUGGUGGACACCUUCCAUGUUGAAUACGACUGCUAAAGAAUUACUGAAGUACUAG